UUCUCAUUCUAUGAUCAUAAUCAAACGAAUGACGCCAUGGAUUCGCAUAAGGAAGAGGUGGUACCAAUAAGGCUGCAUUCCGCGGUGGAAUAUCUGCUACGCUGCAACUCCGAUCAGCUCCACUCAAUCGCUCUCUCUCCUGACCCUAAACUCCACUACCCUCUCUUCGUUGAUUAUGCAGAGCUGAUGGAUGCCGAUCCUCCUCUAGCCCGCCUCGUCUUCGCCAACCCAACAGACUACUUGAGAUUCUUUGACGAAGCCGCCAUUUUGGCUCACAAAAGAGUACUGAAGGGCAUGGCAUCACAUGAGAAAGGGGUUGAAAAGAAAUUCAUUCAUGUUCGAUUCAAUGUCAGCGGUUCCCCUCUUGAAUGUCCUGAGACUUUUCCUAGUAUUGGGCGUGUGAGAGUGAAACACCGAGGAAUUCUUCUUACGCUCAAGGGGACUGUAAUUCGGUCCGGAGCAGUGAAGAUGUAUGAGGGGCAGAGGACAUAUCAGUGCAAGAAAUGCAAGCACAUGUUUCCUCUUUAUCCUGAGCUUGAAACAAGAAACUCGAUAACACUUCCAUCAAUCUGCCCUUCUCAGAGGUCCAAUCCUUGCGAAGGCACUAAAUUCCAGUGCGUAGAAAAUACUACAGUCUGUCAUGAUUAUCAGGAAAUUAAAAUUCAAGAAAGCACACAGGUGUUGGGCGUUGGUGUGAUUCCUCGUUCAAUUCUAGUCAUUCUUCAGGACGAUCUUGUUGACAUUGUUAAAGCUGGAGAUGAUGUAAUUGUUACUGGGAUCUUGACUGCUAAGUGGUCUCCUGAUUUAAAAGAUGUGCGCUGUGACCUUGAUCCUAUAUUAAUUGCCAACCAUGUGAGGAGAACUAAUGAGCUGAAAUCAGACAUUGAUAUUCCUGAUGAUUUUACUAUGAAAUUCACGCAAUUCUGGUCAGACUUUAGACACACUCCAUUGAAAGGGAGAAAUGCUAUUCUACGAGGAAUUUGCCCCCAAGUUUUUGGGCUCUUCACCGUAAAACUGGCAGUUGCACUAACACUGAUUGGAGGCGUUCAACAUGUUGAUGCUUCUGGGACAAAGAUUCGAGGAGAGUCUCACUUGCUUCUGGUUGGCGACCCGGGUACUGGAAAGUCUCAGUUCUUGAAAUUUGCGGCAAAAUUAAGUAACCGAUCUGUCAUCACUACUGGCUUGGGAAGCACUAGUGCUGGACUGACUGUUACUGCAGUCAAGGAUGGUGGGGAGUGGAUGUUAGAAGCUGGGGCCCUUGUUUUAGCAGAUGGAGGGCUUUGUUGUAUUGAUGAAUUCGAUAGUAUGAGAGAGCAUGACAGGGCAACCAUACAUGAAGCAAUGGAGCAGCAGACUAUAAGUGUUGCGAAGGCUGGCCUUGUUACGACUCUUAGUACUAGGACAAUUGUCUUUGGUGCAACAAAUCCCAAAGGACACUAUGAUCCUGAUCAACCUCUCUCUGUCAAUACGGCACUCUCUGGUCCUUUACUAAGCAGAUUUGAUAUUGUCCUAGUCCUCUUGGAUACAAAAAACCCUGAAUGGGAUGCAGUUGUAUCAUCGCAUAUUCUAGCUGAGGGAGAAUCUGAAGCAGGCAAGAGGGAUGAAGAUCUAUCAAAUAUCUGGCCGCUUCCCAUCCUUCGGAGGUAUAUUCACUAUGUAAAAAAGCACUUUAAACCAGUGCUCACAAAAGAGGCUGAAAAGGUUAUCUCAAGCUAUUAUCAACUCCAAAGGAGAUCAGGAACACAUAAUGCAGCAAGAACAACGGUGCGCAUGCUUGAAAGCUUGAUACGCCUGGCUCAAGCACAUGCAAGGCUUAUGUUCAGAAAUGAGGUCACAAGAUUAGAUGCCAUAACAGCCAUUUUAUGCAUUGAAUCGUCCAUGACUAUCUCAGCCAUUGUAGACAGCAUAGGGAAUGCCCUGCACUCCAAUUUCACUGAGAACCCUGAUCAGGAAUAUGCCAAGCAAGAAAGGUUAAUUCUUGAAAAGUUGAGUUCAGUUGAUGAGAUCCAAGAAUCAAAUGGCUCGGAAGGUUUGUGAUGAUGAAAACAAGCAGGAAAACAGAAGCUCUUUUGAGGUUUCAGCUAACAGCCAUAACCGUUCACUAUAGAAAUUUUAUUAUUUUGCUUUUUGAUAGGACAGGUAAAUGCUAUUUAUAUUUAAUGCAAUCAGCCUUAAGUAGAUGUUCUGAAAGUUUAGAGGACAGAACUUUUGAAGGGGGCUUUAUUUGAAAAGCCUUGUUGAUGGUGAUCUGAUGGGAUAUCGGGAGUAUUUGUCUGUAAAUUUAGAAGGAUUUGUUUGUAAUUAUCAAACACUUGUAGCAUCUUUUUAUGCCUUUGGAGGCUUGAAGCCCAUGCUUGUCCCGCUUUAUUCUAAUGCAGGGAUACGGAUAUGGGAGACCUUUUAAAUAUAUUUUUCUCUUUUUUCUUUCUUGGAUGAUGAGGCAUUUUCUUCUGUACUAUUGUGCAAGAAUAUGGACGCUAUUGUACCUCCAACUAUUUUAC